AUGGUCAAAGCUGUGGUCGCUGGAGCCUCUGGUGGCAUUGGCCAGCCCCUCUCUCUGCUGCUCAAGCUCUGCCCCCUCAUUGAUGAGCUUGCUCUCUACGAUGUCGUGAACACCCCGGGUGUUGCUACCGAUCUCUCCCACAUCUCCUCGACAGCUAAAAUUGCUGGCUACCUGCCCAAGGAAGAUGGUGCCAAGAGCGCUUUCAAGGACGCCGACAUCAUCGUCAUCCCGGCUGGCAUCCCCCGCAAGCCUGGCAUGACCCGUGACGAUCUCUUCAACAUCAACGCUGGCAUCGUCAAGGGCCUGAUUGAGGUUGCCGCCGAGGUUUCGCCCCAGGCUUACAUCUUGGUCAUCUCCAACCCCGUCAACUCGACCGUACCCAUUGCCGCCGAGGUCCUCAAGGCAAAGGGUGUCUUCAAUCCCCAGAAGCUCUUCGGUGUCACCACGCUCGAUAUCGUCCGUGCUGAAACCUUCGUUGCUGAGAUUGCCGGUAAGAAGACUGGCUCUGAGCUGACUGUCCCCGUCAUUGGUGGUCAUUCCGGAGAGACAAUCGUUCCCCUCUUCAGCCAGAUCAAGCCAAGCGUCACCAUUCCUGAUGACAAGUAUGAUGCUCUCGUCAACCGCGUCCAGUUUGGUGGUGACGAGGUCGUCAAGGCCAAGGACGGUGCUGGAUCAGCUACUCUGUCCAUGGCCUACGCUGGCUACCGUUUCGCGGAGAAGGUGCUCAAGGCUGCCAAAGGCGAGAAGGGUAUCGUUGAGCCCAGCUUCGUCUACCUGCCUGGCGUCCCGGGCGGUAAAGAGAUCGCCGCAGAGACUGGCUGCGACUUCUUCUCUGUCCCCAUUGAGCUUGGCCCCAACGGUGCUGAGAAGGCCAUUAAUGUCCUGACCGGCAUCACCGACAAGGAGCAGGCCCUACUGAAGGCUUGCACCGAGGGCCUCAAAGGCAACAUCGAGAAGGGUGUCGCCUUUGCCCACAAUCCUCCCCAGAAGUAA